AGCAACAGUUUUGUGAGACCACUGCAAAAAGCAAAAAGCUCCUCCUGUUGUCGAUUGAACCCUUCAUUUUGUGACACUUGCAGGAGACGAGCAUGAGUUGGAACAAUGUUCCCUCUAAAGCAGAGGUACUGGGAUGGAGUCCCCAAAGUCUGGCCGACUACAUGAGGACGCUAAAGCUAUCCGGCUGCGACAAACUGGUGAUGAAGGACAGCAUAAGUGGAGCACAGUUCAUGGAAAUGACGACUUGCAACCUUCAAGUGUUCCCCAGCCUCUAUAUCCCAUUAGUUACUAAGAUUCAAAGUGACAUCAACAAGGGGGAUCAGAAGGCCUUUGGUCUAACAUCAAAGGCACCACAGUACCCAAAACAAAGUAAAGGACACUUGUGUUCGACUAGGCCACCGAUAUCAUAAAGCCAUCCUUCCUCAGGCCUGAUGAUAACAUUCUUUUUACGGCUUAUUUUCCAACAGUACUUGUACAGGAGGAAGAAA